CUUUAGUUUGAACCAACGCUCCACCUCAGACACUGGCCACCGUCUCGACUCGCGCAUCCCACCUAACACCGCCCGCGGACUGGGAGCUGCCGCCGCCGCCGCGGAGCAGGGGACUCGAUGGGAUUCGACGGGCUGGUCGUCGUGUCCGACCCUUACCUGCAGCGCCGCUUCACGCAGGCGGACCUCCGCGCGCUCCAGGCACAGUACGCGGGGCUGCGGGACACGGCGCCCACCGGCAGGCUGCGGCUGCGGGACCUCCCCGCCGCGCUGACCGGCCUGGGGAGCCCCACCGCUAUGGCCGCCGGUAAAGGGGAAGCGCUGCGCGGGGACGCCGGGAAAGAGAACAGCUCGCCGCCCGAGCGGGCGCUCACGGACGAGGAGUGGUCCUCCGUGCUCACGGCUGUCUCCCGCGCCGACGAGAAACCGCAGCUCGACGUCAACUUUGAGCUCUUCCUGCGCGUCUACGCCGAGAUGCAGCUGCGGCUCAAGGGCGGGAAGAAGGCGCGCGAGCGCGACGGCGGCCAAGGCAUUAAGCGCUCCUCCUCCUCGUCUGCCGCCUUCCUCACGGCGUCCACCACCACGCUGCUGCACACCAUCAGCGAAUCUGAGAAGGCUUCCUACGUGGGCCACAUCAAUGCCUACCUCGCCGAGGAUCCGUUCCUCAAGAACGCGCUGCCCGUCGAUCCGGCCACCAACCAGCUCUUCCACCUCACUAAAGACGGCGUGUUGCUAUGUAAGCUCAUCAACUUGGCCGUUCCGGGGACCAUCGACGAGCGUGCUAUCAACACCAAGAGGCUGCUUAACUUGUGGGAGAAAAACGAGAACCACACCCUCUGUCUCAACUCUGCCAAGGCCAUCGGCUGCACUGUUGUCAAUAUCGGCACGCAGGAUCUCGCAGAGGGGAGGCCUCAUCUUAUCCUAGGGCUGAUAUCUCAGAUUAUCAAGAUACAACUAUUGGCAGAUGUAAACCUGAAGAGCACACCUCAGUUGGUCGAAUUGGUUCAAGACAGCCAGGAGAUGGAGGAGCUUAUGAGCCUUUCUCCUGAAAAAAUACUACUAAGGUGGAUGAACUUUCAGCUGAAGAAAGGAGGUUUCCAGAGAACAGUAACAAAUUUUUCAUCGGAUAUAAAAGACAGUGAGGCAUAUGCUUGCUUGUUAAAUGUCCUGGCUCCAGAAUGCAGUACUAAACCAUCGCCAAUGUCAGUAAAAGAUCUUCUUCAUAGAGCAAGAUUAGUUCUUGAGCAUGCAGAUAGGAUGGGCUGCAAAAGAUAUCUGGCCCCGAAAGACAUAGUUGAUGGUUUACAAAAUCUAAAUCUCGCCUUUGUGGCUCAUAUUUUUCAAAAAAGGAAUGGGUUGUCGAAACAAAUGAAGCAAGUUUCGUUUGUGGAUGGAGUAUCUGAUGAUGCUCAAGUUUCAAGGGAAGAGAGGUCAUUUAGGCUAUGGAUUAACAGCCUUGGAAUUUCUACAUAUAUAAACAAUGUAUUCGAAGAUCUUAGAAAUGGAUGGGUGCUCCUUGAGGUCAUGGAUAAGGUUGCUCCUGGUUCAGUUAAUUGGAAGUUUGCAAACCGACCCCCAAUAAAACUUCCAUUCAGAAAAGUUGAAAACUGUAAUCAACUUCUGAAGAUAGGAAAGGAAAUAAAAUUUUCCUUGGUGAAUAUUGCUGGUCAUGAUAUUGUGCAAGGAAACAAGAAAUUGAUAUUAGGUAAGUGGNAAUUGAUGCGGUACAACAUACUACAACUGUUGAAGAAUCUUAGAUUUCAUUCGAAUGGGAAGGAGAUCACAGAUAAUGACAUACUAUUAUGGGCUAACAAAAAGGUUAAGGAUUCUGGAAGACAGUCUCAAAUGGGAAGUUUCAAGGAUAGAAGCCUUUCAAGUGGCAUAUUUUUUGUCAACUUACUAAGUGCUGUGGAGCCUCGCGUUGUGAAUUGGAGCCUUGUAACCAAAGGAGAAAAAGAUGAAGAAAAACAAAUGAAUGCUUCCUACAUCAUCUCUGUGGCUAGAAAGCUUGGUUGCUCCAUCUUCUUGCUGCCAGAGGAUAUAACGGAGGUCAACCAGAAGAUGAUGCUGACUUUGACAGCAAGCAUCAUGUAUUGGCAUUUGAAAAGGCCAACAUCAUAUUCACUGGACCCUGACAACAGUAGUUUGUGUGAGACAAGUUCUAUCUCAACUUCAGAUGACUCCGCAUCUGAAUCAUCAAUUGAUGAUAGCGGAACUAGAUAGAUGAAAUUGCAUGGUCUGACUGCUACUUCAGGACUCAAGAUUCUAUAUUCUUGAUUCUUUGCUAUAAAUUGGAGAGCAGACGCAUUCAAGAAUGAAGGGGAGAAUGGUGAAAGAGUUUUGUUUGUUUCAUUUGAGGUUCUGUAGUGUGCAAAUUGAUUUGGUGAGUAAUGUACAACAUCCUGUAAAUAUUGACACAGGUAGCAAGUAUAUGUAACAUCAUAUAGUGGCAGUUGUUUAUUCAAAAUCCAACCACAUUGAUUAGUUUGUUGAGCAAUUUUGCUCAGGCGACGCCGGUGACUCAUGUAGUAAUUUUUGGC